GAAUCAUAGCUUCGGGAAUUGCACGCCGCGUUAUCGCGAACAUCGGGCAACCGCGGGGGUCUUAUCUAACUUUCUUAAAGGUGGUCUGUUCACAAGCCCAUCCCACGGUGGCAAUCCACAACUUCAAAAUCGCCAGCCACCCCAUGGCCUCAUUCAUACACCUCAACGAUGGGAACCAGCUUCCCUGGAUUGCGUUCGGCACAGGUACAGCCCUGUACGGUCGCGAUGCCACCGAAUCCGUCCUGCGAGCUAUCGAUAAUGGAUUCAUACACAUCGACACCGCAGAAAGCUACGGAAACGAAGCGAGCGUCGGCAGAGCUAUCAAACUGUCAGGGAAACCUCGCUCGGAGCUGUACAUCACCACUAAACUGGGUAAACUGCAGCAGCCAGGGGAAACCGUCAGAAGUGCGCUCCUGGCGUCCCUGAAAAAGUUGAACCUCGACUAUGUAGAUUCGUACCUCGUACACAAUCCCGCGCGCCACCCGGGGAGGUUGCAGCAGAUUUGGAAAGAGAUGGAGGAGGUGAAGAGGGAGGGUCUUGCCAAGUCCAUAGGGGUUUCCAACUUCUACGUGGAACACUUAGAAGAAGUCCUCUCUGUCGCAACGAUCAUACCAGCUGUGAAUCAGAUCGAAUUACACCCCUAUGUGUGGAAAAGCGCCAAACCCACUAUCGCAUUCGAUAAAGAGCACGGUAUCGUCACGUCCUCAUUCAGCGGUCUCUCCCCCAUCGUUCGAUUCCCAGGCGGACCAGUCGAUGCCGCCAUCAAGCAGAUUCGUGCACGACUAGAGAAAACACGCGGUGCUCCCGUGUCGGAUGCCCAAGUCCUCAUCAAAUGGCUAAAACAGAAUGGCAUAUUGGUCGUAACAACGUCGUCCAAAGCAGAAAGGAUCAGGGAAUAUCUUGAUACCAUCAACGUUCCGGAUCUCACAGAGGAGGAAAUGAAGUUAAUCGAGGCCAAGGGUGCCGAGCUUCACAGAAAAGCUUUCUGAAUCAUUACAUUCGUGUCUCUCGAGCCUGUAUGUGUGUAUGUAAUUUAACUUGCCGAGGGAAGACCUAUCCUCGCAUCAGUAUUAAUUAAGAGGCGAGGACCAUCGCGAACCAAGACAAUCAUCCUCAACAUAAGCGUGAAUAUCGUUAGCGUACAAAUGUCACAUCAUCUGAUCAUUUGGAACUAUCC